AUGAAUAUUUCUCAGCCCGUUUCAUCUGCCAUUGGCAGCGUCGAUUUUGGCUUUCUUGGUGCCGCAGAGAUCAAAGCUCUCUCUGUAAAACGAAUACAGAACUCCACCACAUUUGACACUCUUCUUCACCCAGUUCCUGGAGGAUUGUAUGACCCUGCGCUCGGUGCCUGGGGAGAUAACUUCUGCACAACAUGCAAUCUGAACUCGAUUGGUUGCCCAGGCCAUGUGGGCCAUAUCGAGCUCCCAAUCCCGGUUUAUCACCCUACAUUUAUGGAUCAACUAUUGCGGUUACUGAGGGCAAAAUGUACCUAUUGUCAUUAUCUCAAAAUGUCCCGCAAGGAAGUCAAUCGAUAUCUUUGCAAGCUCCGAUUGCUGCAGCAUGGAUUACUUGGUGCAGCGGAAGACAUCGACCAUAUCGAAGUGACACAGUCUCAGGACGCUGGCGACGGAAGCAGCGAGUCAGAAGAAGAGUCAGCGGAUGAUAAUGUCAUUCGGCGGAGGAGUUUGUUUGUUAAAAAGACGAUCAAAGCCUCAAGAGCCACCCCGUGGGCGUGGGAGCGCGAGAAGAACGAGGGGGUUGCGGAAGCAAGACGAGUAGUCGUCAAAGCCUUCCUAAAAUCCAUCACUACUGGCAAGAUUUGCGGAAACUGUAAUGGAAUAUCACCUACUUUCCGGAAGGAUCGUUAUGUUAAGAUCUUUAUGAAGGCGUUGAGCCCUAAGGAGAAGGCUAAGAUGGCACAAGGCAACUUCCGUGCUGAGACUGCUAUUCAGACUCUGGAACAGGCAAAGAGAGAAAAGACUAAGGGUGAUUUUGACGAAGGCAUUGCCGACAUCGAUUUAUCGUCGAACGAAGAAGAUGGAGAGGGGGAAGGUCAGACUCUCGAUGUCAACGGAGAUGUAGUCAUGGGAGAAGCCAUGACAAUGACCAACGCGGACUCGAACUCGAAGCCUAAGGUUGCGUCGGCGCCGCAGAAAUUUUUGAAUGCCAAAGAAGUCAAAUCACAACUGAUGCUACUCUUUGAAAGGGAGCAGGAUAUCUUAUCGCUAGUCUACAACUCUCGUUCAGCAUCGAAGAGGGCUACGGUGGUCUCCCCCGAGAUGUUCUUCUUGGAAGUCCUUCUUGUACCCCCGAACAAAUAUCGGCCAGAGGCUCGAACCGGGGAAGGAGAGAUCGCAGAAGCGCAACAAAAUACCCUCUACAAGGCCAUUCUCAAGAAUUGUGAGAUGUUUUCUCAAUUUUACAAGGAGGUCCAUUCGAAGGGAGUGAUUCAAAAUCUUUCGCCUCAGACGAGGAAGUACAGCGAUCUGGAAGAGGCUUGGUGUAGGGUGCAGGAUGCCGUCAACUCUUUGAUUGACCGUGAUCGAAAUCCGAUCCAGGGUGCAGCUGGGAAGAAAAACGAAGAUGGUAUCAAGCAAAAGCUGGAGAAGAAAGAAGGCCUUUUCAGGAAAAACAUGAUGGGGAAGAGAGUCAAUUUUGCGGCUCGUAGUGUCAUCUCGCCCGAUCCUAACAUUGAGACGAAUGAGAUCGGAGUGCCGCCCGUCUUUGCCAGGAAACUCACGUAUCCAGAACCUGUCACAAGCCAUAAUUUCAAGGAUAUGCAGCAAGCUGUAAUAAACGGGUUCGACAAGUGGCCUGGUGCUGCAGCUAUCGAGAACGAGAACGGCCAAGUCAUCAGCUUGCGGACGAAAACCCAGGAUGAGAGGCUGGCUUUAGCAAACCAACUGCUCGCAUCUUCCAGCAGUAGUGCUAGUGGAGCACGAAAUAAGAAGGUGCAUCGACAUCUCACUAAUGGAGAUGUUGUGCUGAUGAAUCGGCAACCAACUCUACACAAGCCGUCGAUUAUGGGUCACCGAGCACGGGUUUUGCCCGGGGAGAAAACAAUUCGCAUGCACUAUGCAAAUUGCAACACUUACAAUGCCGAUUUCGACGGAGAUGAGAUGAACAUGCACUUCCCCCAGACCGAGAUUGCAAGAGCGGAAGCAUUACAAAUUGCGGACACGGAUCAUCAGUAUCUGGUAGCCACUUCGGGAAAGCCUCUCAGAGGUCUAAUCCAAGAUCACAUAUCCGUCUCGGUUUGGAUGUGUAAUCGAGACACCCUUUUCGACCGCGCAACAUAUCAACAACUGAUAUACAAUUGCCUCCGCCCGGAAAGUGGACAUAUCGUUGGAGAGCGGAUAGUUACAGUUCUUCCUGCAAUCAUCAAGCCUUUCCCACGAUGGACCGGAAAGCAGGUCAUUACUACAAUCUUAAAGAAUAUCAUGCCAGUCAAUCACGCACCCCUUGUUCUCACCAGCAAAUCAUCCACACCGGCUGAUCAAUGGGGCGCAGGAUCAGAAGAAGGCAUUGUUCACUUUAAAGCAGGGGAAUUCAUAAGUGGAAUCCUUGACAAAUCUCAGAUCGGUCCUACUGGGGGUGGUUUCAUCCAUUCAAUCCACGAAGCGUAUGGCCCUACUGUGGCCGGGAAGAUGUUGAGUAUCUUGGGUCGACUUCUGACAAAAUUUCUCCACAUGAGAGCUUUCACCUGCGGCAUGGAUGACCUGCGUUUGACGCCAAGGGGUGAGCGGAUUCGGAAAGAGAAACUUGAGGAGGCUCGCAGCAUCGGCCUUGAGGUUGCUGCAAAAUAUGUCACACUGUAUGACCAGAAGCCGACAGACACAGACCCCGAACUGCUGAACCGUAUAGAGGAUGUAGUGAGAGACGACACAAAGCAGAAAGGCCUAGAUAUGAUGAUGAACAAGCGUUCUGGACAACUUUCAUCCGACAUCACACUGGCAUGCCUUCCGAGUGGCCUGGUCAAGCAAUUUCCAAAAAAUCAAAUGCAAAAUAUGACGGUUUCUGGAGCGAAGGGCAGUUCUGUCAAUGCAAAUCUGAUUUCCUGCAAUCUAGGCCAGCAGGUUUUGGAAGGACGUCGAGUUCCAGUCAUGGUCAGUGGAAAGUCUCUACCCUGUUUCAGGCCUUUUGAGACAGACAUCAGGGCUGGAGGUUAUGUGGUGAACCGUUUCUUGACGGGCAUUCGGCCUCAAGAAUAUUAUUUUCACGCCAUGGCGGGAAGAGAGGGCCUGAUCGACACUGCUGUUAAAACCUCGAGAUCCGGAUACCUCCAGAGAUGUCUCAUCAAAGGUAUGGAAGGCCUUAAGGUUGAAUACGAUACCUCUGUCAGAGACUCCGAUGGGUCAAUGAUCCAAUUCCUAUAUGGAGAGGAUGGCUUGGACGUGACAAAGCAGAAGCAUUUGACCGACUUCAAAUUCCUCCUCGAGAAUCUCAUUUCUGAAUGCGAGCAAUUGAAUUAUGACGACACGAAUUUUGCCACCAUAUUUGAGGAGAAAGAGGUCAUAUUGAAGCAGAUGAAGAAGGCGCUCAGAUAUGUCAAAGCUAACCAACCCAAUGGACCCGAUCCUGUCCUUGCGAAAUUUAACCCAGGAAAAUACGGUUAUGCGACCUCUGAGAAAUUCUUCGACGCCCUCACAACCUAUCUGAAAACGAAUCCUGACGGGAUGGUUAAGGACAAAGAACAUCCUGAUGGUGUCGGCGCUCGCAAGGCUCUAGAAUCGGUAUUAGCCGCAAAGUAUUUGAAAUCUGUUGUAGACCCAGGCGAAGCUGUAGGUAUCGUGGCUGGCCAGUCAGUUGGGGAGCCGUCGACGCAGAUGACUCUCAACACUUUCCAUUUAGCGGGACAUUCUGCAAAGAACGUCACACUGGGAAUUCCUCGUCUGCGGGAAAUUGUCAUGACUGCAAGCAACCACAUCGCGACACCCUCCAUGACCGUUCGAAUCAACGAGGAGCUUUCGCGGGAAGAUGGUGAGAGGUUUGCUAAAUCCAUCAGCGUUCUUUCCCUCGCCGAGGUUUUGGAUGUUGCAACAGUUGGCGAGUCCAUUGGUCGAGGUGUUGCUUACGCCCAAGCCAAGACCUACAAUAUCCACAUCAAACUUUUCCCGUCGAAGGAGUACACAGAGACGUAUUUCAUUGAAGUUGGGGAUGUGCUGUCUACCCUGGAGAAGAAGUUUGCUCCAAAUUUGCAGUCUCUCACGAGAAAAGCUCUUGGGAGGAAGAAGGGAGAAAGGGGAUUAAAAUCUCUUGCAAAUACUGCAGCAGUUCCUGAAAUUGGGAAGUCCGUUGGAACCAUUGAAGAGGUCCGGGCAUCAGCAGAGCGGGAAGUUGGGGAAGACGACGAAGACGAUGAUGGCGACGACGACGCUACAAACGAUAAGCAGCGGGCGAACCGUUCCGAAGCUGUCAGUUAUGCUGCAAAUGACGAAGAUGAUGACAGGGUACAAGCUCAGAUGCAGAAAGAGGCCGAACCUGAAGAAGAUGAUGAGGAAAUGGAAGAUGAAGGCAUCGGAGGCAGCCCAAGAGAUCCUGCGAGCGAUGGUGAAGAUGCUGACGGGAACAAGAGUGGGGGGCAGAGGCAAGUUGUCAGCGCUGCAGCAGAGGAGCGCGAAGCUCAGGUCAUGAAGCACUGUAGCGACAUUGUUCGGUUUCGCUUCGACGAAACGGCUGGAGAAUGGUGCGAAAUCACUCUUGAAUAUGCUGCAGAUGUUCCGAAAGUCCUCAUGCUCUCCAUCGUCGAGGAUGCCUUACGACAAUCUCUCAUCCAACAGAUUCCUGGACUGGGAACGUGCACGUAUGUUGAUGAAGAAGUCAAAGAUCCAGCCACUGGCAAGCUCGUCAAAAUCCCCGUCGUACACACAGCUGGUGUCAACCUCAAGGCCAUGCAAGCUUAUCCUUUCAUCAUAAAUCCGAAUACUAUCUCCACGAACGACAUAGCAGCCAUGCUCACGAAUUACGGUGUGGAGGCCUGCCGUGCUGCCAUCAUCCAAGAACUCUCAGGCGUCUUUGGCGGACACGGAAUCAGCGUGGACCACAGGCAUCUGAACUUGAUCGCCGAUUUCAUGACUCGUGGAGGAGGCUUCAGCCCGUUCAACCGAAAUGGGUUGAGGGGGAGUGUCAGCCCGUUUAUGAAGAUGAGUUUCGAGACGACUCUGGGGUUCUUGGCGGAUGCGGUCACGGACGGUGAUUGGGAUGAUUUGUCAAGUCCCAGUUCCAGGAUCGUCAUUGGCAGGAUGAGCAAAGUUGGGACUGGAGCCUUCGAUGUAUUGACUCGGGUGCCGACAAGGAAGGAUGAUGAAAUAGUAGUUUGA